CCGGGGCUGGUUUACACAGCCUGUCUCCUCGCUGGGCUGUGAGGCGGCGCCUGGGGAUGCGGAAGCCUUUGGCUGUGUGUUAGACGCGUAGUGCGAGCGGGGGCAGGGAGGGUCUGUCUGAAACAAGCCCCGGGAUGGCCCUGGGUGUCGGUUGCUUUGCAGUGGGGCGCCGGGGGUGGUUGAAGGCUUAAAAGGGAAGGGGGACAGGGGGUUCCCCUGUCCCGAGCAGAGCUGGAUGGGGGGGCCCUUGCCACCAUGGAGGGGGUGCUGUACAAGUGGACCAACUAUCUGAGCGGCUGGCAGCCUCGAUGGUUUCUUCUCUGUGGUGGUAUCUUGUCAUAUUACGACUCUCGGGAAGAUGCCUGGAAGGGUUGUAAGGGAAGCAUCCAAAUGGCCGUGUGUGAAAUUCAAGUUCACCAUGCAGAUAGUACUCGAAUGGAUCUGAUUAUUCCUGGAGAACAGUACUUCUACCUGAAAGCCAGAAGCACAGCUGAGAGGCAAAAAUGGCUGGUUGCACUUGGAUCUGCCAAGGCCUGUCUGACAGACAGUAGGGCGCAGAGAGAAAAAGAGCUCACUGAAAACACCGAAGCCUUGAAAACCAAAAUGUCAGAGCUUAGACUGUACUGUGACCUCCUUGUUCAGCAAGUGGAUAAAACUAAGGAAGCUAGCAUUUGUGGUGUAUCAGAAUCAGAGAAUGGAAUUGAUAUGGGAGCUCUCUUGAAAUCAACAUGUAACACCUUCCUGAAGACUCUUGAAGAAUGUAUGCAGAUUGCAAAUGUGACCUUCUCUUCUGAGUUAAUACAUCACACCCCAUCGGGAUCUCCACACUUGGCUGUUCCCAAAUCAAACAAGGUAACCCCUCCCGUCUCCUCCAGUAGCACUACAGCAGAAAGGCAGAUGGAAUUGAACAGUUGUGAAAAUGGCUCCGUAAAGACAGAAAUUAAUCCUUGUGACCAACCCCUGAUUAACACUCUGAUACCCUCACAUCUGAAAUCUAACGAGGGAGACUGUGACAUUUCAGCUGAAAACCAUGUUGAAAAGAAGUUGACAGGUGAUGAAAUUAAAGACGAUGGAGAAAGCAAGAUGCUGCCCAUAGAAGGCAACAGUGCCAAUGAAUCGCUGCAUUUGGCAAUGGAUUCCAUAAGUGGACCAGCUCCAUCACACGGGGGAGAAGGAAAAGAAGAGGAUUUACCUACCUUCUUCAGUGUCAUGAACAAUAGGUUUAGUGACAUUGAACUCCAGGAGGGUGACGGCAUACCCACAGAGGAAUUUCUGCAAUCGUGUUACGCGAUAGUGCCAGUCUUGGACAAACUUGGACCAACAGUCUUUGCUCCUGUUAAAAUGGAUUUUGUAGGUAAUAUCAAGAAAAUAAAUCAGAAAUAUAUAACCAACAGAGAAGAGUUCAACACUCUCCAGAAGAUAGUGCUGCAUGAAGUGAGUGCUGAGGUAGCACACGUUAGAAACUCUGCAACAGAGGCACUUUUGUGGCUAAAAAGAGGCUUAAAGUUUUUGAAGGGAUUUUUGACAGAAGUUAAGAAUGGAGAAAAGAAUAUUCAAAUAGCUCUGAACAACGCUUAUGGCAAGACAUUACGGCAGCAUCACGGCUGGGUUGUGCGAGGGGUUUUUGCGUUGGCUUUAAGGGCAGCACCAACAUAUGAAGACUUUGUGGCAGCACUGUCUGUGAAGAAGUGUGAUGAUCAGGAAGAAGCUUUUUAUAAUGCAAUGCAGAGAGACCUCAACAUUUACUUGCCAGCCAUGGAAAACCAGCUGAAUAUCUUGGACACUCUCUAUGAAGUACAUGGUUUGGAGUCAGAUGAGGUGGUAUAAUCACAGUGACACAGUACCUCAUAACUUCAGGCACUGUAUUUGUUAACGAGCUUUUCUGAAUGCCGUUUCUCUUCAUUGUAUCUUUCCUUUGCAUGGGAGGUGGAGGAAUCAGUGUGUGUGUGUAUUUUUAAUCUUGUUUGUGUUUAAAUGAAGAGGUGCUGUUUCUUUUAAGGCCACAAAUGUCUGCAUGGUGAAAACCUUUGGGCUAAAUAAUUCUUCUUUUUUACAUGAUUGUAACAGAGCAGAAUUGGGCCUUCUUGCUCCAGUGCGUAGUACUGGGACCACACGUGCGGAGGGGCAGCUUUGAUGGGAGCACAAAUGCUGUGCUGAUGUCACCAUUUCGCCCUUACCCUGUUCUGUGCCUGUCCAAGUUGUGAUGCUAGUCUCCAUUUCACUGGUCUUCUCUCCAUCUGUGUUAGUGGCGGGGCAGGGCUAGUGAGAGCUGUGCUGCACAGA